AUGCUGCGCGCCCGCAAGAUCCUAGGCUAUGUCGCCGACCGUAUCGAGCCCGCACAAGAUCCCGCUACAGCCAUGCCGCCAGAAGAAUACCUCGAGCUCUACUGCAAUAAUCAACUUAUUCCAGCGAAAAUGACCCUGGCAACCAUCCGCACACACAUCUGGCGAGGCGGUGGUGAUGUCUUGUUGCACUACAAGUCCAAUGGCAAGAGAAGGAUUCUGCACUCUGCAGAGACUUUUGAAUCCGCUGCUCCAGAAGAUGCUGACGCUUCUCAACCUGCUGCAUCCAACAGUCCUCCUAUGGCACUAUAG